GAAAUUAGGGAGCAUUUAUUUGAUAACGUGCCUUUCAGAUAACAGUAGGCGAAUGCUGUUUAUGAACAGAAGUCUAUUGUUUGACUGAUCUGAAAUAUUUCAAGACCAACAUGAUGUUGCUUUUGAUGUUAGCGGUUUUGAGCUUUAAGACAGCAUAUUCCAUAGACUGCUAUAACUGUGCAAGCGUGAAAAACAUAUCAGAUUGUCAACAGUUGACAACUUGCUCGUCCGAUGACUAUUGUUACACUGACACUUCUGGAAUUGGGGAUCAAACGAGAUUCACUCUUGGUUGUCGCUCAAAACAGGUUUGUCUCUCUGCGACGACAACGGCAUCAUCACUGUCUAUAAUUGGCAGAUCAUUGCCAAAUAAUCUAGAUUGUAGCCAAUGUUGUGCUGUUGAUUCCUGCAAUAAGUAUCUAUGUACGACUGGCACUCAUGUCGUGAAUAGUACCGGGUGCGAAGAUGAUCCAAAUUACAAUUGCGCACAAAUGAGUUCAGUCUUCAGCGUAUGCACAGAUACUCAUCACGCGAUUCUUGUAUGUCGAAAAUUUUGUGGUCUUUGUAUAACAGUGUUUGGUAAUUGGUCGCCAUGGGGCAGUUGGUCAUCAUGUAGUGUUACUUGUGGAGUCAGUACAACUUCACGAUCAAGAGCUUGUGACAAUCCGGCCCCGCAGUAUGGAGGAUUGCCAUGUGCUGGUCCUUCAUCUGAAAGCAGAUCAUGUGAUCUUAAAGCAUGUCCAGUGCAUGGGGGCUGGAGCAGGUGGUCAUCUUGGGGGAGUUGCAGCGUAACUUGUGGAAUAGGUUUAGAGAGACGGGAUAGGACUUGCUCUAAUCCAUAUCCAGGGCCAGGUGGCGAGCCUUGCUAUGGUGAUGCACGUGACGACCGUGCAUGCUUUGUAAGACCAUGUGCAGAUGGCGUAUGGUCAUCAUGGUCCACUUGGAGCGUUUGUUCAGCCUCAUGCCUAGGUGGUAUUUCUAAACGUACACGAGCUUGUAACAAUCCGACACCAUCACCAUUUGGUCAUGACUGUGUUGGAAAUGAUGAAGAGACAAAAGCCUGUAAUUCAUUUUCUUGUCCAGCUAUUAACGGACACUGGACAUCAUGGACAACAUGGGGAUCAUGUUCUGUAACAUGUGGCGGGGGGACAAAGAAACGGACGAGGACAUGUACAAAUCCUGCACCGUCUGGGUACGGAAGAGCCUGUAUUGGAAAUUCUGAAGACAAAGACAUUUGUAACAGGAAAGGCUGCCCAAACUGGUCGUUAUGGUCAUCAUGGGGGCGAUGUUCUGUCUAUGAUGGAAUUGGUAUGAAAACAAGAACAAGAACAUGCUAUUCAGGCUUAGGAUGUAUAGGUAGUGCGAAGGACAAAGAUUUGUGCAAUACAAACAUGAAUCAACUAACACCGUUUGGUCCUGUUCGUUUGGUUGAUGGAAAAACUCCUUAUGAAGGAAGGUUAGAAGUAUUCAAUAAUGGUACUUGGGGAACAGUGUGUGACGAUAGCUUUAACACAAUGGCUGCUGUUGUUGUUUGUAAGAUGCUUUUCUUUCCAAGUACAACUCCGACAGUACAUUCGAACGCAUACGGACACGGGACAUUGCCAAUUAUUUUAGAUGAUGUCCACUGUCAAGGAAAUGAGAGCAGCUUGUUCAGCUGCCGACACAGAGCCUGGGGAACAAGUGACUGCAGUCAUAGUGAAGAUGUAGGCAUAUCGUGUUUAUCUAAUGGUUCUGUUCGAUUGGUUGACGGAGCAAAUCCUUACGAAGGAAGGUUAGAAGUAUAUUAUAAUGGUACUUGGGGAACAGUGUGUGAUGACUACUUCAACGAAACAUCGGCUAGUGUUGUUUGCAAAAUGCUUUCUUUUCCAAGGGCAACACCAAGAGUGUAUUCGAGCGCAUAUUUUGGACAGGGAACAUUGCCAAUAAUUUUAGAUGAUGUCAGCUGUCAUGGAACUGAAAGCACCUUACUCAGCUGUUCACACAGGGCAUUGGGAUUAAAUAAUUGGGCCAGGUCAACUUGUAUUCGUUGCAUUUCAGGACUUCUUGUUCGUCUUGUCGGGGGAAGUACCUCACACCGUGGACGUGUUGAGGUAUCUGUCGAUGGUUCACACUGGGGAACUGUGUGUGAUGAUUCCUUCUCCACGAAUAGCGCUAAAGUUGUUUGUAGGAUGCUUGGAUAUCCAUCAUCAAACGCGCGAGCUGAUACAAGCGUAAGUUCGGGUAGUGGACAUAUUUUCUUAGAUGAUGUCAGUUGUAGUGGUACUGAAACUUCCUUAACAAAUUGCCGGCAUACCGUGUGGGGUACAAACAACUGCGCUCAUUCCGAGGAUGUUGGCGUCAUUUGUGCAUAGAUCAUAAAUCAUAACAAUAUUUUGAACCAUGUAAUUAAGGACUAAUUAUGAUUGUAAUCACCAUAUGAUGUCAAACUUUGAAAUAAAACAGCAAGCAAUAUUA